CUAGCGGUCUCGUAAAAAGCCAUUCGUGCGCGCAUGUACAUUGGUAGCGCUAGUCUAGUAGUGGAAAUAGCUUCGCAGCUAGACACGGACACGUUCGCGUUCUACUUGACAACUGAACGGCGCGGCGUCAAGACUCGAUAUUUCCGUUUCGUAUACAUUUUCAUUCGUAAAGCCAUAGUGGUUUUUCUCUUUUGGCCGACAUGAUGGACGCCUUCGUGAGAACGAGUCGCAGCGGUCACGCGGACCGGAUACCCGCGGCCAAGGCGUCCGCCGCGUUCGUCGUGUUCCUGUUGUCGUUCGUCUGCGGAGUGUUACCGCUGAAACUGGCCGACCGCUGGCCGCUGACCGCGGAGUACACGACCCGCAUUUCCCGGAAGCCGACGGUCGCGUCGCUGAUGUCGUGCUUCGGCGCGGGCGUGCUGCUGUUCACCGCGCUCGUCCACCUGCAGCCGGACGUCCGGCAGUCGGUGCGCGGGCUCCAGGCGGCCGGCCGGCUGCCCGACGCCGACCACUUCGGCGACCUGAUAUUCUGCAUCGGGUUCUUCGCGGCGUUCGCCAUCUACGAGACGAUGAACCGGAAGGUGCGCGGCGGCCGCGACCGCCGGACCGCGGACGUGGCCGGCCAGCCGCCCGCCGGGUCGUACCACUGCAGCCUGUUCGUCGCCGUGCUCGCGCUGUCGUCGCACGACACGUUCCUGGGCUUUUCCGCCGGCAUGCGGCCACCGGGCCCCGGCGGCGUGUGGCGCGCGUUCGCCGCGCUGGCCGCCAACAAGCUGAUCGUCGCGUACUGUCUGGGCCAGGAGCUGGCCUGGUCCGGCGCCCGGAAAACCGCGGUGGUCGCGUGCUCCGCGCUGUUCGCCGUGGUCACGCCCGUCGGCGUGGCGGCCGGCAUGGCGCUGUCCCAGUGCUGUUUCCCGGCCACCGCCGCCGACCGGUCGCCCGACAUCGUGGAGGUCUCCUCGCAGGGGCUGGCCGCCGGUUCGCUGGCGUUCGUCGUGUUCUUCGACGUGCUGCCCAGACAGAAGCUGUCCGGCAUGACGCACAUGCUGUCCACCGUCGUCGGGUUCAGCUUCAUGCAACUGUUACAGAUCGUCAUUCAUGAUUAAAAAUACGCCAAGGACGUGAGAGAUUUUGAUGACAAUUUACAUGCUGAUGCAUCUCAUAAACUUAAUUUAUGUUAUAAUUUUAAAGAAUAUAUUAUUAUGUAAAACGUUUUUAAUACUGUAUGUCUGUGUCGAAUCAAAUUUACUAUUCACUGUUAAUUUAUCCAGUUAUGUUCAUUUAUAUUUUGUUAUGUUUCACAAAAAUGUUAAUUCUUUAAUUUAAUAUAUACGUAGAUAUUUAUACGAACCACAAAUUAUUUUUAAAUUUAUUACCUAUUGUAUUUUUAUGGUUAGCAUUGUCUAUUUUAAUGUUAAAAAAAAUAUUUAAAAGUGUUCUUAUUAUUUUCAUGGUUGUUUAAACCAGGGAUUUUCAACCGAUAAAAUAGAUAUUAUAAAGACUAUGUUUUCUACUUUUGCAACGUAUUAUUGUAUGGGUUUAAUAAACUAUAUCAUUAUUGUUUUCAUUUUUAUGGGUUUUUGGGAAAUUAUUUUUUUUUUUUUUUUAAUUAAUGUAUUGUAAUGUGCAGUGUUUAAUUUGUUUUCAAAAUACAAUUAAUUUAUACUAAAU